UUAAACCUGAUAGUGCUAGUUUGUCUGGUUAUACUGGUGCUGUCACCAGUGGUAGUUAUUUACUGUUAACCUGUACAACGACAACUAGUAACCCAUCAGCUACUAUACUGUGGUACAGGAAUAAUAUUAGGAUAUAUGAUAACGAUGAUAAUAUCAAUAUUGGGUCUCUAACUGAAACUAAUGGUGACUACAAUGGCAAGAUAUCAGAACAACAAAUAACAAUAACAACAAGAGCUGAAGAUAACCAAGCAGAGUAUAAAUGUAAAGCAAGGAAUUCACAAGUCACUGGAGAUGUUAAUUCAAAUAGUGUACCCAUUACAGUGUACUUUAAACCUGAUAGUGCUACUUUAUCUGGUUAUACUGGUGCUGUUACCAGUGGUAGCAAUAUACUGUUAACCUGUACAGCGACAACUAGUAACCCAUCAGCUACUAUACUGUGGUACAGGAAUAAUAAUAAAAUAGAUGAUAACGAUGAUAAUAUCAAUAUUGGGACUCUAACUGAAACUAAUGGUGACUACAAUGGCAAGAUAUCAGAACAACAAAUAACAAUAACAACAAGAGCUGAAGAUAACCAAGCAGAGUAUAAGUGUAAAGCAAGGAAUUUACAAGUCACUGUAGAUGUUAAUUCAAAUAGUGUACCCAUUACAGUGUAUUUUUCUCCAGUCUACCCGGAUGGAUGCCGUACUUUACUAUCUGCUUACCCUGGCAAUACUGGACAUGUUAUAGUUGGUGACAUUUUGCUCCUCACAUGCACGUCAUGUAGCAGUAACCCGGAUGCUAGCCUGAUAUGGUACCAUGGCAACCAAAUGAUCACUGUUCCUAAUCAGCUUGUGUAUAUGGAUAGUAUAUACAGUGGAAGGAAAUCAAUACAAGAGAUGACAAUUACAUUAACAUAUCAUCAUCAUAAUAAUGAAUUAUAUUGUAAAGCUGAGAACAGUCAGGUGGGACAAAGUGAACAGUCAAAUGCAGUGAUCCUUAAUGUACAUUAUACUCCUUUUCCGGUGAAUGAAAACCAAAAUGAACAGUCAAGAGCUAAUGAUGGUGAAACAGGAGAACUACGAUGUCAGUUUAACAGCAAUCCUACCUCUACAUUACAAUGGUUUGGUCCAAAUGGAAAUGUUCUCACAUGCAAUGACAGAAUUACAAUAUAUAAUUCUACUCAAGGAACAUUACAUGAGAGCAUAAUUACAAUUAGUAAAACGGAAUUUAAUGAUUAUGGUAACUACACGUGUUUUGCUGAAAGCGACUUCGCAAAUGCAACAUUUAUAGUUAUGUUUUAUGGAAAAACUCAGCCACCACGCAAUAUUGAUAGUAGUAGAUCCACACACACUAACGCUGCAGUAUACGUCGUGCCAAGUGUUAUCCUUAGUUUGUUGGCGAUUACAAUUGCAUCUGUUAUAAUAGUUUUGAAAAGAAGAAUUCAACAUAGACAAAAUACAGACGACACAGUUUUGGAUGAUAAAAGAUACGAAAAUGUGGCUGCAGAAAAUAAGUUUGAACCUAAUAAGAACUCCGAAGAAGCAUAUGAAUCUAUUGAAAAAAUCUGUUUCAAUAAAAAUCAAGUGAAAGAAGAGGAAUAUGCUAAACUUUCAUUUGACAAGAAUGAAGUUGUUUACAUGAAAUCAGGACAGAAGACAAACGAAUUUCCAAGAGAUCGUGCUUGUAUCAAGAGUAUUAUUUCGAUUGGGAAGUUCUAUGAAAUUAGUAAAGCAGAAGCAUGGAAUAUUAAUGGCGUCUCUGGACAUUCUAAUGUAGUGAUUAAGAAGAGUAGUAACGGCGAUCCGCUGGUGGAAAAUGAAAUUGUGAAGGAAAUAGAAAUACUGCAAUCAAUACGUGGACACAGUAAUAUAAUUCGAAUGCUUGGAUGUUGCACAGAAAAAGUCCCCAGUUACAUAAUACUGGAUCAUUUAAAUGUCGACUUGAAGACAUUCCUCCAAUCGCAGCACAAAUAUGAAACCAUGGAAGCUCCGAAUAUAGACCUGAUUUCAUUCGUAUUGAAUGUCGCCAAUGGAAUGGAGUAUCUGUCUAGCUUAAAGAUAAUGCAUCGAUAUUUGACUGCUGGACAUGUGCUGAUUAGUGAUGACAAGAAGUGUAAAAUUUCUAAUUUUGGUUAUGCUAGUGACGUAAUAGAUGAUGCGCGGUUCUUUGAGAAAACAAAGCUGAUUUACGAUGCAGAAGAAGGCCUUGUGAGUGCCAACGACGACUCGCUGAAAAAAGGACCGCACACGUUCAUCAAAUGGGAAAUACUCUCAAACUUUGCAUGA